CCGUGCGCACACCCUUAAGUAUAGCUUAAGUAUCGUUUCGGCGGUUCGCCGUGCUUGUGUCCGCGUACGUGCAUAUGACAAUAUUAUUAUAGAAUAAUAUCAUAAUAUACACCGGCUGUUCGGGAUCAACAACACUACCGCGAUAAACAGCUAAAGACUCUCAGCACUAGAGAAAAGAAAAAAUUCCACCUUUAAUAUUGAAAAUUUUCGAACACAAAAUUGUAUACACGGUCUUCGGUCUCGGUUAUCUAUACAAGUGUUUCCAAUCAACUCGUACUAUAGUGUCUUUAUAGAACUUUUUCCACGAUAACAUGAAAUUGCACAGUAGACAACCGCCGCCGGUGUCGUAACCGGUGCGGAUCGUCCAACACCGGAAAUCUGCAUUUUCCGUGUUUCCAACACAAGGCGCCUUGUAAUCGAGUUUUAGCAAUGGAGGCUGGAGGCUCGGUGUGCAUGGCUUUGGCGUUUCUGAUCAACUACAACACACUGAAAGCCGGUUUCGUUUACGACGAUAGUCGAGCAAUUAUCAACAAUCCGGACGUGACCCGCGGCACGCCGCUCGGUGACAUCUGGACGAACGACUUUUGGGGCACUCCGAUCGGUUCGACCAACUCUCACGGUUCGUACCGGCCACUGUGCGUGGUGUCGUUUCGGCUGAACCACUGGGCCGGCGGCUUGGACCCCAAGGGCUACCACGCGGCCAACGUGCUGCUCCACUGCGCGGUAACGUACCUGGUGUACGUACUGUGCCGGACGCUGUUGCCGGGACGGCGAGGAUCCGUGGCGGCCGCGGCGUUGUUCGCCGUGCAUCCGGUACACGCGGAGGCCGUGGCCGGCGUGGUGGGACGAGCCGACCUGUUGGCGUCUCUGUUCUACCUGGUCGCGUUCCUGUGUUACGUGGCGCACGUCCAACACCGGGACCACCGGACAUCCGACCGCGGGCGGGUGUGCUGCGGCGCCGGUUGUCACCGCAAGACGUACCGGCUGGGCUCGGCGGUGCGUACCGUGUUCGCCGCGCUGGGCCUGGGCACGUGCUCCAGCGAUUUGGACGGGCUGCCCGGCGCCGUGACCGAGUGUUGCGCCGUCCGGCAAUGGGCCUGUCUGCUGGCCACUGUCGUCAUGGCGGCCGCUUCGAUGCUGGCCAAAGAAACCGGACUCACCGUGCUGGCCGUGUGCGCCGUAUACGACAUACUCUACGCUCACAAGACGGCCAAUAAGAACGCCGGUGGAUUGUACAGAACGUUGGUAAUCGUGUCUGGGGCCGCUGCUGGUUUGCUUUUCGCCAGGAUGUCUUUGAUCGGCGAAGGCGGACCUCCUGUGUUCGCCACGGCCGACAACCCGACGGCAAAAUGCCCUAGCCUGGUCACCAGGACUUUGACGUUCCUGUAUCUACCCGUGGAAAACGUCAGAUUGCUCGUGUACCCGCGCCGGUUGGGCUUCGACUGGUCAAUGGAUGCCGUAGCGCCUGUAACAUCCGUCUACGACCCGAGGAAUGCCCUGUCAUUGAUGCUGUAUGCAGCCCUGUUCACUACGGCUAAGCGAUCGGCAGCCACCGUGUACAAGACCGGUAAACUUAGAACCCGAUUACACAAGUGUUGCUCUAGGACAAAGUCACCUCAGCCGAUGCCUCGCUCAGAAGACUCGCAAAUGCGAACGGUGGCUCUUGGUGUAGCCCUGACGGUCAUACCGUUUGUGCCGGUGUCCAACAUGUUCUUUUACGUGGGAUUCGUGUUGGCCGAACGAGUGUUGUAUAUGCCCAGUGUGGGCUACUGCUUCUUGUUCGGCUACGGAUACUUAGUACUUGAACGAAGACUUGGGCCAAAAUGGCCUCGAAUGGGAUUGGCUAUAGUACUUACCGUGUAUGGAGCUCGCACCGUGAUCAGAAACAAUGACUGGAAGAACGACGAGUCCCUGUACCGGUCCGGUGUUAACAUCAAUCCGCCUAAAGCUUAUGGAAACUUGGGCUCUAUUCUGAGCAGUCAAGGACGAUUGGACGAGGCGGAAACUGCGCUGAGAACAGCUCUCCGGUAUCGACCGAACAUGGCCGAUGUACAUUACAACUUAGGAAACCUGCUGAGGGAUAAAGGCAACUCCGAGGCGGCCGUGGCCAGCUACAAGAACGCUAUUAAAUACAGAUCAUCGUUGGCAGUGGCCUACUUGAACAUGGGACAGUUGCUGGCCACGAUGGGACGUUGUGAAGAAGCAGAGUCGGUGUUGAAAUCGUGUGUUUCUCUAGACGGAUCCCACUCCAAAGAUAGGGUCAAUCACGAGACCAGCCGUAUAUCCGCUCUCAUCACCCUGGGCAAGCUACACGCCGACAGAGGAAGAUAUCUGGACGCUGUUCAAGUUUACAAGCAUGCCGUUACCGUGCUACCGCCGUACUACAACUCGAGGGUUUUGUUCAGUCUGUACGGUGACGCUUUAUCACAGCUGAACCGACACAGGGAAGCAGAAAUGUGGCACAAGGCGGCGCUGGAGGCCGGUCCGGAUCACGUCCCAGCACACUUGAACUACGGCAAGUGGUUGGCGAAAAAUAGAACGCGAGUUCACGAAGCAGAAAAUUGGUUUCUACGAGCGAAAAAAUUGGCUCCCGGUGACGCGUCCGUGUAUAAACAUUUUGGUGUAUUUUUGUUGGAACAAGAGAGGUACCCCGAAGCGGCCGCACACCUGGUGGAAGCGGUCGGUCUCGAACCAGAAGACUACGACCUGACCGUGACCGCGGCGACGGCCCUAAGACAGGCGGGUGUAUCGCUCAGGGCCGAGGACAUGUACAGAAAAGCUGCAGCACUCAGGCCACAAGAUGCCAGCAGUCACAGUAACCUUGGAGCCAUGCUUCACCUGAAUGGCAAGCAUCGCGAGGCGCUAGUUAGUUAUCAGAAAGCUCUGAGGAUAUCGCCAGACGACCAGACUACUUUAGACAACCUCAACAAGCUCAGAAAUGUUUUGCGUCGCCGGUCUAGGGCGUGAUACGCCAACCGGUUCACUCCAUCAUGUUAUUUUUAAUCCGUUAAAGUUUCCUAUGUACAUUAUAUUAUAAUAUAUGAAAAAAAAAGAAAUGUAUUUAUUUUUACUAAAAAUUGUAUAACGCCUUAAAAUAAGAAUAUUAUUAU